CAGGUUAUUUUGCCGAGCCUGCACAUCUCUCUCGGGGUGUUUAAGAAGUUGUUUGAUCGGUACGAGCUGGAAUGCCACAACCUUGACACCAAAUUGUUCAAGCUGCGAAUUGAGGGUGCUGAUGACAAUGAUGACGAGUACAAUUUUGACCAGGCCGUAACAGCUGAGGUCAACAGACAGAGAGAUGUUCAAACCCAACUUGAGAUGAAGAGGGAGCAGCUUGAGCAGAUAGAGGAUGACCUUCCUCUCCAUCAGCUGCAAGGUCAAACAACACGUGCAAACAAUGCAUUCAGAGAGAUUGUCCACAGAGCUGGUCAACUUCGAGCUGAGAUUAAUGACUUGGAACAACAAUCCCAAAAUGUGCAACUCCCUUUCGGCACUGGACCAAUAGCCAGCAGCCUUGAUAGUGCUCUUGUCAAACACAACGUUUGCCGACAAGCCUAUCAUGGCAAAGCCUUCGUGGGAAAUCACGUUCAUAAGUGUUGUCAGGUGAGCACUGACUUCAGUGGUUUGUCAGUACAAUGCAUAAUUAACUACCUUUGGCAAUACAAAGAAAAGAAUUUGUAG